UAGGUUAAGUUGGACUGGCCAAACCGCAGAAAUUCAAUAUCAAAAAUGAGAAUGGGCACUGAUUGUCCAAGUCACAGUUCUAAGGUUAAAUAUAGCGGCUGCGUUUCCAAGAAUAUGAGUCGUGCGUAAAAAAAAGUACAUUUUAAAUAGACGAAUAGCCUGCAAUUCGAGAUAAGAAAAUAAUCUUAGGUUAGAGCCACUAGUAUAUAUGUUUCUACUAAGAACUACAAAGUGCGCAGUCAAAUUUUAGCUGUUCAACUUAUAACAGCUCAUUUUGGGAUUAAUUAAUAUUUUAUAUAAGUGAUUAAUAUUUUAAAAAUGAAAGCCGCCGGAAACUUCUUCACACUCGCAUUCGUCGUCUGCUGUUGUCUCUCUUUUGGCUUCGUCAGCGGCUUGAUGUGCUUUUCCUGCACAAGCUCAGAUGAUUGCAAGUUACCGAAAAAGGUGAACUGUACCGAACGGUUGGCCAAUGAGACUUUGAGUUAUCUGAACAAGUAUUAUUUGAAUGUACCGAGCGCCAACACUACGAGGGAUAUGAAUUGCCUAAGCGAUCGGCUGCUGACAGAAAGUGGAGUCGUUGCGCACAUGGGUUGCAUAUACAGCAGUGUUUAUGGCUGCGGAUACACAGUGCGCGAAGAAUUCCAAUUCACAUGGUUACCAAAACUUCCGUACAACACUUGUCAUCGAUGGGAUGACUCCAAUCCCGCUGCGCGUGCUGGCGUCAGUUUACUCACAAUCGUGUCCGCAAUAAUUGUGACUGUGCUGGCGUCAGCGGUGUGGUGUAAGUGAAAUUGCUUAAGGGGGGAGCAUGCAUUAGAAGCUUCAAUUUUUUCUACUUAAAUCUCUUUAAGAAUUAUCUAAGAAUAUGUCCCCAAAGUUAUAGAUGGGAUUUCGAAAUAUUAUUUCUAAGUGUAGAUAUCUAGAAUGUAACAUAAAUGUCUUUAUUUCAAAAAAGUAUUAUUACUAAAUAUAACAUUGUGACUUUGCCACCUGGUUUGAUUUUUGAAAAAAUAAAUAUGUAUUUUAUAUGCAAAA